AUGUCGCAAAGCACCGCCUUCGAAGUGCGAUCCCUGUAUCGAAAUCUCCUACGAACAUCCCGCCAAUUCGCCGCCUACAACUUUCGCGAGUACGCCAAGCGACGCACACGAGAUGCCUUUCGCGAGCAUAGUACGGUGGCGGAUGAGAGGAGGAUACAAGAGUUGGUGCAGAAGGGACUGAAAGAAUUGCAAGUGUUGAAGGUGCGUUGAAGAGGCGAGAGCGAUACGGGAUGGUGUCGGGGCUAACGAUGGAUUGUGCAGAGACAAACAGUAGUAUCACAAUUCUUCCAGUUGGAUCGGUUAGUAGUGGAGGGGGGCAAGACGGGGAAGCAGAAAGGCAACGAGGGCGAUAUAGUGAGGGACAGAGAUAUGGCGUGAGUUUCCAGCUGUUCUUGCGUGUUGAGGUACGAGCGGCUAACACCGACACAGGUGGGACUGAUUGAGACUGUACAAUUUGGUAUCGACGAUGCAUUUACGGCGCUUCUACUGGAUGUACAGUACAUUCUCUGGCUCCUUCCGCACCCUGUCAUUUUGAAUGUUCGACCAAGUUAA